CACAACACAGCAUCUUUCCUAGAAACAUGGACUCGCCCCUGUUAUCCGUUGCAAGUCGCUUUUAAGAGAGUAACUUGUUACUUUUGUGCAAGCUCGAGGCGAUAUCGGAAGGUGAUUUAAACAGAAUGUGAACGUCUAAACUUUUAUCAAGUCGGCAAGUUGCGCGGCGAGUCCAGGCAAACAGCAGCAGUGUGCCACACAAAGAGCACAGAUGAACCGCUGCGAGCCAAACGCAGUCUCCGCCACGAGUUUAUCCAGUCAAGAGGCGGACUCAUGAAUCGCAGAGGGGUUCGACUCACAUUCGGGUUCUGUUGCUCGGUGUUGCUUGGACAGUUGGCACUGUAAUCGGCUGCGGUUAUGUCUGAUCCAAGUUCCUGGAGCGCGUUGCCUGGCAGCAGCAAAGCUCAUUUUGUUUCGGGCGCGAUGCUCAAGCGAUCCAAAAGCUGUCGCAGCAGUAAUAGGAAGAGCCUUGGUGUUGGAACGCCGUCGCCCACCCGCCCUCUUUCGCCUCUGUCCGCCCACACAGCUGCCAGCAGCCCUCUGGACAGCCCACGAAAUGUGUCCACCGCUAUUUGCUCUCUCAACUUCCCCUUCGCCCGCAGCCACCUGGCUCGAGCUGACAGAGCCGAAGGGAGACGGUGGUCUCUGGCUUCACUUCCAUCUUCAGGUUACGGGACCAACCCUCCCAGCUCAACUGUCUCAUCAUCUUCCUCAUCUCAAGAACGAUUGCACCAGCUUCCAUACCAGCCCACACAGGACGAGCUUCAUUUCCUGUUCAAACACUUCCGAAGUUCAGAGAGCAUGACUGAUGAAGAUGGGCGGCCCUCCCCGUUUAUACGACCACGGUCACGUAGCCUUAGCCCUGGACGAACUGGCGGCUCUUUUGAUAAUGAAAUUAUCAUGAUGAACCAUGUCUACAAAGAGCGUUUUCCAAAGGCCACCGCUCAGAUGGAGGAGCGUUUGCUGGAAGUCAUCAGGCAGUUUUCCCCAGACAGCACCCUACCGCUGGGAGACGGAGUCCUGGGAUUUAUCCAGCACCAGUUGGUGGAGUUGGCCAGGGACUGUCUGGAUAAAUCCCAGAAGGGCCUGAUCACGUCUCUGUACUUCAUAGAGCUGCAGGAUAAACUGGAAAAAAUGCUGCAUGAGGCUCUGGAGCGCUCUGAGAGUGAGGAGGUUUCAAUAAUCACCCUGCUGGUGAAGAAGAUCCUCAUCAUCAUCUCACGCCCUGCACGACUGCUGGAGUGUCUGGAGUUUGACCCUGAGGAGUUUUACCAUCUACUAGAGGCUGCGGAGGGUCACGCCAAAGUCGGCCAGGGCAUCAAAACAGAUAUUCCCCGCUAUAUAAUCAACCAACUUGGACUCAACCGAGAUCCUCUUGAUGAAGUUGUGCAGCUCGAGGAGCAGUAUGACUCUGGCCCCACACUGACGGUCGAUUUGGAGGAAUCCGUAGAGCAGAAUAAAUCUUCACCCACACCACUACGAAGAAAACCACUGGAGAGUGAUUUUGAGACUAUAAAACUGAUCAGUAACGGGGCUUAUGGGGCCGUGUAUCUGGUGAGGCAUAAAGAAACUCGGCAGCGUUUUGCGAUGAAAAAGAUCAACCGACAAAACCUGAUUCUGCGGAACCAGAUCCAGCAAGUGUUUGUGGAGCGAGACAUCCUGACAUUUGCAGAGAAUCCCUUUGUGGUGAGCAUGUUCUGCUCCUUCGAGACCCGCAGACAUCUGUGCAUGGUCAUGGAGUACGUGGAAGGUGGCGACUGUGCCACUCUGCUGAAGAACAUGGGCCCACUUCCUGUGGAUAUGACUAGGAUGUACUUUGCGGAGACUGUUCUGGCGCUGGAGUACCUUCACAGUUAUGGCAUUGUGCACAGAGACCUCAAACCUGACAACCUCUUGAUUACUUCAAUGGGACAUAUUAAACUCACUGACUUCGGGCUCUCCAAAAUCGGCCUUAUGAACAUGACAACCAAUCUGUACGAGGGCCACGUUGAGAAAGACACUAGGGAGUUUAUCGAUAAGCAGGUUUGUGGCACCCCGGAGUACAUUGCUCCAGAAGUGAUCUUGCGGCAGGGCUACGGGAAGCCUGUCGACUGGUGGGCCAUGGGCGUUAUCCUGUACGAGUUUCUGGUGGGAUGCGUGCCGUUUUUUGGAGACACACCGGAAGAGCUUUUUGGCCAGGUUGUCAGUGAUGAGAUUAUCUGGCCAGAUGGAGAUGAUGCCCUUCCUGUAGACGCCCAGGACUUGAUUACACGAUUGCUGAACCAAAACCCACAGGAGAGGCUUGGAAGAGGUGGGGCUCCUGAAGUAAAGCAGCAUACGUUCUUCAGCGGUCUGGACUGGAACGGACUCCUACGUCAGAAAGCUGAAUUCAUCCCUCAGCUGGAGGCCGAAGACGACACUAGUUAUUUUGACACUCGAUCUGAACGCUACCAUCAUUUGGCCUCUGAUGAGGAUGAUGAAACUAACGAUGAAGAGUCUUCCCUAGAGAUACGACGCUUUUCCUCUUGGUCAAAUCGUUUCAGCAAGGUGUACAGCAGCACAGAGCACCUGGCCACCCCAUCCAACCUGAGUUUCUCCUCCGACCGCAGUCACAGUGAAGAGAUUGAGGACCGGGCAGACGGGAGGGACACUCACUCACAUGGAGAGAUCCAGCGACAGGCCUCCACUGGAGACAAGAGGCUCUCGGCUCAGAGGGCAAGUCUGCGCCCUCGCACUUCUUCCAGCUCCUCUCAGCCUGAGCGAGCCGUGAGCCCCCUAGUGGUGAGCAGCACCCACAGCCUGGAGGCCAUGCCUCGAUUCGCCCUCUCCACAGACGACGAGGCUGAAGUUGUCGUCUCCAACCUGCGACGAAUCAGGCUACGUAGCAACAGCACAGGAACGAAACAUUCGUCGCCAAGGGAACAAGGGAGUCCUCAGUGCUUUGGAAACCAGCUGGAGACGCCCGACAGGCAGCGACUCUCACCAGGACGCAAAGUCCCCAAAUCUGCAUCAGUGUCCACCCUCUCACUCAUCAUCACACCAGAUGAUGGGAGUGGCAGCCUUCAGGCACGCUCUAUUUCCCCUCGAUCGUUUUCCUCGAACCCAUCAUCCCGAGACUCCUCCCCCAACCGAGACCUGUCACUCAGCAUCAGCAGGCUCCGCCCACCUAUAAUCAUCCACAGCUCUGGGAAGAAAUACGGUUUCACCUUGCAGACCAUUCGAGUGUACAUGGGGACCAGCGACAUCUACACCAUACACCACAUGGUCUCGGGUGUGGAGGAGAGCAGCCCUGCCCAUGAGGCUGGACUGCGAGCAGGUGAUCUGAUCACUCAUGUGAAUGGAGAGUCUGUGCAGGGUCUAGUGCACACAGAGAUGAUGGAGCUGCUUUUGAAGAGCGGUAACCAGGUGGCCCUGCAGACUAUCGCGCUGGAGGACACGUCUAUAAAGAUUGGGCCGGCACGCAAGCGCAGCUGUAAAGGAAAGAUGGCCCGCCGCAGUAAGAGGAGCAAAUGGAAGGACAGUCAAGACCGGAGGCGCAGCAUGUUGAAGAAGCUGUCCAAACAGAGCACAGUAAUGCACAGCAGCCGCAGUUUCUCCUCCGGCCUGCAUCACUCGGUGUCCUCCAGCGAGAGUCUGCCGGGAUCUCCCACCCACAGCCUGUCCUCCGGACCCACAACACCCUGCCGGAGCCCCGUUCCCGACCACACCGCUGAUGCCAGCCUGCCCCAGAACGCCUCUCCGUGCACCAGCUCUCCGAGUUCGCCGGCGGUCCAGAUGCGGCCCAGCUCUCUGCACGGCCUCGGCUCUAAACUGAGCAACCAGCGCUACACUAAAGUGGGGAGACGAAAGUCAACCAGCAGUAUCCCACCCUCGCCUCUAGCCUGCACCUCCUCGCCGCAGGCCCUGUCCCCUCAGCGCUCCCCCUCUCCCUUACCCAGCAUCUCCAAAACCCUCCACUCCUUCCACGGCAAGACUCUAUCGCCCCCCACCAUCAUUCGGCACGUGGUCCGACCCCGGAGUGCAGAACCUCCACGUUCCCCUCUGCUUAAGAGAGUCCAGUCUGCGGAGAAACUUUCCGGGGCUUUGUUCGCUGACAAAAAGCCCCACGCAGCCCGCAGACACACGCUGGAGGUCCCGCACUGCGAGGUGGACGUCCUGGGAGACACAGAGCCGGAGGGGGCCUGCGGUGCGACGUAUACGGCGGAUCACGGCAGGCUGGGCGGGUACCUGUGCGCCCAGAGAUUAAGGGACUGGCCUGGAGAACGCAUGGAGCAGAUUGUCGUAAUGCGCAAGCUCAAUCUCUCCGAGCGCCGAGAUUCAUUUAAGAAACAAGAAGCUGUUCAGGAGGUGAGCUUUGAUGAACCGGACGACAGGGUGCCGCAGAUACCCGCUCAGACGGCCACGUCCGCUAGCGCGCGCCCCAAACAGAUGAUGGGCGAAACGCAGUCCGAGGAGGAGUGCGGGGCGAGGAGGAAUCCGCUGGUUCCCCAAAUCGCCGUGCAGGGGUCAGAAAGCGAGGAAGCGGAUGACUGGAGGCUUUGCUCGGAUGAAGACGAGGAAGAGGCUGAGGAGAACGUGUCAUGUUGUCCGAAUCAAGGUGACAAAGAAGCCGUCGAGACGAUCGCAAAUGCAGCGAAACCAGAAAAGCAUCAGAGUCCAGAAGAAAGCAAACUGAAAGAAAGAUGAACGACUGAAGACUGUUACAUAUCCGCAGGAUUCUCAACGCACCCGCUGAGAUGUUUGUUGCCACGCGUAAUUACCGAGCGGAGUGUUUUUAUUAGCGUGUAAAUGAAAGUAAGCUAGUCUUAUGCAGGGAAUAUUUAUGCUUUUUUUUUAUUUAUAAGUACACUGGAGACGUACUGUUGGCCAAAAAGAGGACUUAAUGGUUGCUAGAACAUUUUUCUCACCUUCUGUGAACCUGUUGAGGGAAGCUUGAUUUUUCUAUGAAAAUGUGCAAAUGCUUCAAAAUCAUUUCGUUUUUGCACCUACUUUGUGUCUGAUUUUUUUAAAAGCUACAAGUUCAAAUGAUAUUUGAAUGGAGUUGUUGUGUGGCUCUUUCAUGUAUUAUUUCACAAUCUCAAAGUGUUUUUGGAGCAUUUGGGCUUCAACUGUGGAAACCCCACAAGUCAUACAUGUUGGUCAAGGUGUCCAAAAAAAACAGUAUAAUGUUUUUUCUUUUUUAAAUUGUGCAUCGAACCAAAUAUGUUUUACCAUUUUUGUUUGUUUAAGAUGAAUUUGAUUUAAAUAUUUUAAUUUAAAGGGAUAGUUCACCUAAAAAUGAAAAUACUGUCAUUUACUCACCCUCAUGUUGUUCCAAACCUGCGUGUGUUUCUUUUACUCUGUUGAACACAAAAGAAGAUAUUUUGAAAACGGUUUCUAGUUCCCAUUGAUUUCCUUAGUGUUUUUUUUUUUUUUUUUUUUUUUUUUUUUUUUAAUGAUAUGAAAGUCAAUGGUGACCAGAAACAGUUUGAUUACCCACAUUCUUUAAAAUGGCUUUUAUUGUGUUCAGCAGAAGAAAGAAAUUCAUACAUGUUUGGAAAACUUGACAGUGAGUAAAUAAUGACAGAUUUUCAUUUUUGGGUGAACUAGCAUUUAAAAUCCUAACAUCAAUUCAAUUUUAAAGAGAGAGUUCACCCAAAAAUGAAAAUACUGUCAGCAUUUACUCACCCUCAUGUUGUUCCAAACCUGUAUGAGUUUCUUUCCUCUGUUGAACACAAAAGAAGUUAUUUUGAAAACAGUUUCUAGUCCCCAUUGACUUCCUUAGUGUUUUUUUCAUACUGUGGAAGUCAGUGGUGACCAGAAACCGUUUGAUUACCCACAUUCUUUAAAAUGUCUUAUAUUGUGUUCAGCAGAAGAAAGAAACUUAUUCAUGUUUGAGUAAAUAAUGACAGAAUUUUCAUUUUUGGGUGAACUAACAUUCAAAAUCCAAACAUCAUCCAUCCAUCCAUCCAUCCAUUCAAUUUUUAAAGGUAUAGUUCACCCAAAAAUGAAAAUUCUGUCAUUAAUUACUCAUCCUCAUGUUGUUCCAAACCUGUAAGACUUUUGUUCAUCUUCAGAACACAAAUUAAGACAUUUGUGAUGAAAUUCAAGAGUUUUCUGACCCAGCAACGCAACUGAAAAACAAAAAUGACUUUAUUCAGUUAUUUUUCUCUUUUCAGUGUCAGUGUCUCACACGGAAGAAAAAAAAAUAAUUGAAUAAAGGCAUUUUUGUUUUUUAGUUGCGUUGCUGGGUUUGUUGAAUAAAGUAGUCAUUUUUGUUCUCUUUGCACACACAAGUAUUCUCGUAGCUUCAUAACAUUACGGUUGAGCCACUGAUAUCACAUGGAUUAUUUUAACAAUGUCCUUACUAUCUUUCUGGGCCUUGAACGUGUCAGUUGUGUUGCUGUCUAUGCAGGGUCAGAAAGCUCUCGGAUUUUAUCAAAAAUAUCUGAUUUGUGUUCUGAAGAUGAACGAACGUCUUAGGAGUUUGGAUCAAGUGAGUAAAUAAAGUAGAAAUGUUCACUUCCAGAACAAAAAUUUUACAGAUAACAUACUCACCUCCUUGUCAUCCAAGAUGUUCAUGUCUUUCUUUUUUCAGUCGUAAAGAAAUAGUUUUUUGAGGUAAACAUUUCAGGAUUUCUCUCCAUAUAGUGGACUUCAAUGGUGCCCCCAAGUUGAAACUUCCAAAAUGCUAAAUGCAGCUUUAAAAGGCUCUAAAAGAAGGGUCAUAUCUAGCGAAACGAUUGGUUAUUUUCUGAAAAAAAUUAACAGUUUAUGUAAUUUUUUUACUGCAAACACUCGUCUUGGUCUAGUUCUGCGUGCACUGUGUAUUCCUAUAUAUGACAGUUAGGGUAUGUCGAAAAAUGUUCUCCCUCAACUUCAAAAUUGUACUAUAUCGCUGCAGACGUACCGACCCAGUGUUUACAAAGUAAACAUCCAAAGAAGGUCAAACGCCCUUUCCAAAAAAAAGUAGAACAGUGAUGUAGGACGAUUUUGAAGUUGAGGGAGAAAAUGAGAUGGGAGUUUUUCGACAUACCCUAACGGUCUUGACCCGGAGUUGCACAGACUACGCAUGCACAAUGCAGAACUAGACAAGAUGAGCAUUUGAGGUUAAAAAGUAUAUAAAUUGUCUUUUGUUUUUUUUUUUUGUUUUUUUAGAAAAUAACCAGUCGUUUUUACUAGAUUAGACCAUUAUUCCUCGGCUGGGAGCCCUUUGAAGCUGCAUUUUGGAAGCUCAAACUUGGGGGUACCAUUGAAGUCCGUUAUAUGGAGAACACUCCCGAAAUGCUUUCCUCAAAAAACUAUUUCUUUACAACUGAAGAAAGAAAGACAUGAACAUCUUUGAUGACAAAGGGGGUGAGUAAAUUAUCUGUAAAUUUUUGUUCUGGCAGUGAACUUCUCCUUUAAUGACAAAAUUUUCAUUUUUGGGUGAACUAUUCCUUUAAGGGAUAUUUUUACAGUUCCCACAAUUAUUUUUUGCAUGUCUUUAAUUUUCCUUAAAUAUUCUUGCUAUUAUUUGUUUUGUUUUUUUCACCCAACUUUGCAUGUUCAGUUUACCUACAAUCUAAAAAAAGUUCACAGGUGCUAAGACGGAACGGGCUCACGGACACCUCUGAAAUAUUUAAAGUAGUAGUAAAGCAUGCAGUCACACACCUACUAACUGGAACUCACUCACGUGUGCACAAAUCACUGCGUGACAAAUCACAGCAUCAGAAGUUUUCCAUGGACCGUUGGCCUGUCCUCACAAGCUUUUGUACUUGGAAUAAUGUUUACAUUUUUUAUAUAUAUUUGAAUUUCUACUGUGCGAAGGGAUCUGUAUGGCCUGUUUUUAACUAAACUGAAGUCAAGGGGUGAAGGCUUUAGCUAGAUUAUGGUUUUAAAGUUCAGUGUGAUGUCGUUGCAAACGUCAGACUGGAUGUUUGUGUGUUCAUAUGCAUGACUCUCUUCCAAAACACUUUUUCUAAAUUGAAUAUGUUGUUGUUUGAAUCUAACGGGACAGUAUUUUUAUUGCAUGAGAAGGUGCAAUUAGAUGUCAGUAAGGACUUCUUUAUUUAUAGCACAGCACAUGUCUGACAAGUUCAACAUUUCUGUUUUGAGGUUUAUUGUUAAUUGCGACCUCUCUGUAACUUUUUGGAAUCUGGCUGCUGUAAUCGUAAGCGAGACAAGUUUGUGUACAUUUUAAUAGGCCGUAUUUUUCUGCCUAUCAGCCAACCAAUUGCAUGCUGCAUGUUAAGUUAAUACACAGUACACGUUGGCAUGGCAUCCUGAGUGCAAUAUGUGUUUAAUGGUCAAGUAUAAUCAAGCAUUUGAAUUACAGUAAUGUAUUAACAGCUUCAUGUUAUGCAGACCCCAUUGUGACAUUUUAUCCCUCUGUAAUAACAGACUUUAGUGGAUAAGGUGUUUGUCGUGUGGAUCGUGUUCAGACAGGGUCACUAUCAGCCCUUGCAUUCACACUAGAGCUUCAAA